AUGACGGUUCAGAAGGCUGACGAUAUCAGGGACACUGUGAAGUACAAAGAAGUCAUGAAACAAUAUGGACUGGGCCCAAAUGGUGGAAUAGUGACCUCUCUCAACCUCUUUGCUACACGGUUUGAUCAGGUGAUGAAGUUUAUUGAAAAAAGACAGAAUGCAUCCAAGUAUGUUCUUAUUGACACACCGGGACAGAUUGAGGUGUUCACCUGGUCAGCAUCAGGAACCAUCAUAACAGAGGCCUUGGCUUCCUCUUUUCCUUCAGUUGUUGUUUAUGUGAUGGACACCUCUCGCAGUACUAACCCGAUCACCUUUAUGUCCAACAUGCUGUAUGCCUGCAGUAUCCUGUACAAGACAAAGCUACCUUUCAUUGUCGUCAUGAACAAA